AUGAUAAUGGCUAUUAUUUAGAUUUUGCUUUAAAGUUUUUUUAGCAAUCACAUUGUUACUUUUAUCAAUAUACAUCUACUUUGCUUAACAAAAAUUCAACUCACUUCUUAAAGUUACAAGAAAGCAGAAAAUUUUUCUUAUAUUAAUCAUAGACAUGAUUUGUAACUUUUUUAGAUUAAUUAAGUUUAUCUUGCAUAUUAACUUUCUUUUAAAGACGAUGCCGUAUACUUUCCCAUUCUAUAUUUUUAAUUUAUGUUUAUAUGCUACAUAAUCUACUAUUUUGGAAGAAAGUCAAUAAUGCUAGCAACUUUUAAUUUGGCAUAUAUUUAAAGAGAAAUUAACUCUACUAUCCAAUUAAAGCUAUCAAAAUUGAUGUUUGCUGGAUUAAUUUUUUUUUUUACUGUAGUUUUCAUACUAAAUUACAUUGAUUAUUUUAUCUAAUAAAAUAAUUAUCAUCUUUGUUAAGCUUAAUUUUUUAAUGUAAUAACAACUGUUAGCUUUUUACUUUAAGGAUUAUUCUUACUACAAAUAAGAUAAUUUACAAGGCAGAUUAAUAAAAAUAUGAAGAACUUGGAAAAUGUUAAUGAUGAGGCUGAUAAAAUUGAAAAAAUGAUUAAAAAAAGAUUGAGUUAAAUUUGGUAAUUAAUUAAUAAUAUUUAAUAAGGAUUCUAGUAAUAAUAAAUAUAAUAGGAUCCUUUUGUUAGUUUUGUGUAAAAUGUCUAUUUUGUUUUGAUGAAUGAAAUUUUAAGAAAUCAACCAGAAAGAUAUACAUGUUAUUACGUUAAAUUAGAAGACGAUCCUACUUUGACAAACAUUAUUAAUACAGCUUUAGAACUUUCAGAAAAGAUGUUAUCAUUUUUUCUACCUUACUAUGCUGCUUUGAUAAUUUUUUGGCCUAAGAAAUCUUUAAAUUAACCUUCCAAUGGCAGAUAAGAUAGCACAGAUAUAAUAGUUGAAACUUACGUCAUUCAAGCUACAGAAUUUCCUGAUUAAUCUUCAAGUAGAGAGUGA